CUGGCUGUCAUGUGAUUAGCCCGUACUCAGGGUUCAAUGAGAGCUGUUUGCCCCACCCAUCUCUUCAACGCUCUCUCUAUCUCAAUGUACAAUUCACUGAGAAAAGGAAAUAAUCGCUAAAAAUACACCCUCGAAAAGGAUUCAUUCGCCACAAUUGGGGAUUCAACACGCUCCGUCCGUAGGGGAUCCACCGUUGUCGUUGUGGUAUCGGAUUUAUCUUCACGUAUCCAAAUGCACAUGAUCUACCACCCGAAUUCAAGAGGGAUACAAAGCGUAACGUUAGCCUGACAGCGGACUCUGACUGCGAUAACCGGUGAAAAAUCGACGGAAUCGGUCACAUUUGCAUCUGCGGUUGUAAGAACCGUUAAGGAUCGCCGCUCGCGUAAAAGCAAAGCCUACGGAUGUGAGCAGAAAUUCAAAUUACAGUAACGGAGAAGACGGCGAAGGGCCUCGUUUGAUUUGGACAAGCCGAAAAAAAAGCGAUCGGUCACCAUAAGCAGAACAGGAGGGAAAAUAGCGUCAAUCUGAGGGGAAUUUUUCAGCAGCACCACCGUAUUUUUCCUCGCAGACAAACGUCGUUUCGUAACGGAGUUAAAAGGUUCAUGUCGGCCACGGCGCUGGGCGGAAUGAUCCACAUGCCGUCAUUUUGGUGGAAAUAUUUAUUUUUUUAAUUUGUAGCCACCCUUUCUAUCUCGUUCUGCCCGUGUCGUUGCAUCGGCGAACGGAUUCGACAGCAAGAGACCGAAAAGAAUCGCGUUUUGUGGAGCUAUUCAUGAUUUUAAUAGGAGUCGGUCGUUACAUCGGGACGCCGACCAUGGAUUCGCCACGGGAAAUGUGCUAAAUCGCCGUCGUGGGAAAGCCGAAAUCCUUCAUGUAACGUCGAAGGCUUCGCUGGAUGCACAUCCAUACACAGAAAUCUCAUAUUUUAUAGCAGCAAGCGCUCGACAGGACUCGGCCGUCUGUAGGCUGGCCUAGUGUGUGUGUGUUUUCACCAGCACCUAUUCUCGCCAAUACUAGUCACCCAUAGCUUUCAUAUUUCCCCGUGCUCCCCUGCCCGUAUCAACUAAAUCCAGGGGAGUCAUGUGCAUACACGUAUAAAUGUCCCGGUUUUCCAUCAAAGUGUUCUGAUCGGAGGCCAAUCAAGGAAUUUGGAUCAUUUAUUCAUACGGUAGAUUCACCUCCCCCCCACCACCCCACCCCAAAACUUUUCUUGGGUUUUCGGGAAAAUGGGUUGUUUGGGCAACAGUAAAACUGAGGACCAGAGAAAUGAGGAGAAGGCCCAGCGAGAAGCUAACAAAAAGAUAGAGAAACAGCUCCAGAAAGACAAACAGAUCUACAGGGCAACUCAUCGACUACUACUGUUAGGAGCUGGAGAAUCGGGGAAAAGCACCAUAGUCAAACAGAUGCGCAUUUUACAUGUCAAUGGCUUCAAUGCUGAAGAGAAAAAACAGAAAAUUCAAGACAUCAAGAAUAAUAUAAAAGAAGCUAUAGAGACUAUUGUGACGGCAAUGUCCAUGUUGGUACCUUCAGUUCAGUUAGCCUGUCAAGCAAAUAAGUUUCGAAUUGAUUACAUCCUCAACUUGGCCAAUCAGAAGGACUUUGAGUUCACAACGGUGAGUAGAAAGGAAUUUUAUGAACACACAAAGACCCUGUGGCAGGAUGAAGGGGUGAGAGCUUGCUUCGAAAGAUCCAACGAAUACCAACUGAUCGACUGCGCACAGUAUUUCCUGGACAGGAUUGACACUGUGAAACAGAGCGACUAUACUCCCACUGAUCAGGACUUGCUCCGAUGCAGAGUUCUGACUUCUGGGAUUUUUGAGACAAGAUUUCAAGUGGACAAAGUUAAUUUUCAUAUGUUCGAUGUUGGAGGACAAAGAGAUGAACGCAGGAAAUGGAUCCAGUGUUUUAAUGACGUGACAGCCAUCAUUUUCGUGGUAGCCAGCAGCAGUUAUAACAUGGUGCUCAGAGAGGACAAUCAGACCAACAGACUCCAGGAGGCACUUAACCUGUUCAAGAACAUCUGGAAUAACAGGUGGCUUCGAACUAUUUCUGUCAUUCUGUUCCUAAACAAGCAAGACUUGCUGGCUGAGAAGGUUUUGGCGGGAAAAUCAAAAAUCGAGGAUUAUUUCCCAGAGUUUGCACGCUACACUACACCAGAUGAUGCAACACCAGAGCAAGGGGAAGAUCCACGAGUUACGAGAGCAAAAUAUUUCAUCCGAGACGAGUUCUUGAGGAUCAGUACAGCGAGUGGAGACGGCCGGCACUACUGCUAUCCCCACUUCACCUGCGCCGUGGACACGGAAAACAUCCGCCGAGUGUUCAACGACUGCAGAGACAUCAUCCAGCGCAUGCACCUACGACAGUACGAACUCUUGUGAUCGCAGCAGGAAUGACGGGACGCAAACUCACCACCUGAACUUUCUUUAGGCCCCCCUGCCCUACAUCACGCCCCAUUAUCAAACCUUCAAACUGAUGAGUCCCCACCACUUACACACACACAUGCAUAUAUAUAUAUAUAUAUUAAUAUAUAUACAUAUAUAUAUAUACACACACACACACAUACACAAACGCAUAUACAAACACAUGUGUAUGUAUAUAUAUUCAUAUAUAUGUAUACAUACAGACACACACACACAUGGCCUUUCUCCAUCCUGAGUGACUAGGGGCUGGGGCAAGGGGAUGCACUGUGUUACUGAUGAAAGCGUGGCUGUGAUAUUUAGCAAAAAGACUUGUUAACACAGCCAAGGACUACCAAUGUUAAUAAAAGAGAGAGAGAGGAAAACAAAACAUGUGAGAGGGAGAGGGAGGGGGGGAGAAAAGAGGGAGGGAAGGAAAAAAAAAAACUGUCCAGGACUGCUCAGGACAAGGAAGCCAUUUCGUACACAUACAGACAUGCGUCCAGCUAAACUCCUGACCCGCAGUCGUAUGUAUGUUACACGUCAAACUUGUCUUUUUUCCGAUCAUAUGCCUAAACACACGUUACUUAUAUUGAUGCACACGCACAAGACAUACACACGCUAUUCUUAUCCUCCACCGUUUUGGUCCUGUUGAACGUUUAGUGCCUGUGCAAGCCUGGCGUGUCCCUCUCAACUUUUCCCCAUUUUCCCUUUCCCAACACCCCAUCCCACCCCAAAGGUGGACAGAUCCCCCCGUUGAGAGCAAAACGACGGACCAUGCGUUUAAAAAAAAAAAAAAAAAACAGAAUGUAGAGCAAAAUGUCUUUUUUUUUUUUCCCAACAAAAAUGGAGGGUUUGGAGCAUUUACUGCCCCAGGUUGGUUUGCGUGUGGAGUGGAGAAUGACUUGAACACAAGACCCAUCACAUGGCUUGCUUCUCUAGAUGCAUCGCAGGAGAGGCGAGCGCAUGCAAUGCCAGAUUCAUGCAGAACAGUGAACUAAAUGCAGUGCAAAAAAAUCCAAACCAUAUAUAUAUAUAUAUAUAUAUAUAUAUAUGUAUAUGUAAUAAUACAACCUUUUUCUGUUUGUUAGUUUACCCAGUUUGUGUGUGCUAAUAUGCACCAUUUUAAAUCUCCAGUUUUCCCGGUUGCUCUCUCCUGUUUUCAGAGUAUCAUUCCUCUCCCUCUCUCUCUCUCUCUGUUUCUUUUCCCUCCUCCCCUUAUCUUUCUCUCUGUCUGUCUCCUCCCUGCUGCAAAAAAUCUUGUACACUGACACGUGGGGACUUCAUCAGACCGAGGGUAAGACAGAGUUAUGACGCAAGACUCAAGAAGGAUGUCUAACGGAUGGCCUCUCUCUCUCUCUUUUUCUCUCCCCCUUCCUCCCCUCCAACUUCCUCUCCUCCCCUUUAGCCUGGCUUUUGGUCUGUCUUUUGAUUUCUCUGCUGGAUCAUUAUUCUUGUACAGACUGUAAAAUGUAUUAUUUUGUACAACUUUAUUGAAGAAAAAAAGUAACUUGUAGAAGCUCCCUGUGCCUUGAUCACGACUGUACGUGUAAAAUGAGCUAAGAUGUAAGUAAGAUAUGUUUCAUUGCGCUGUUUGGCUCUGCCCUGCCUCUGUCGAUUCCCUUCAACUCUGACCCCCCCCAACCCCCCUCUCCCCGAUCGCCUGUUUGCUCAUCAGACUCUGGGUGGAUGUUGCCUCCCCGCCCCUCCCUGCGCCGAUCUAGAACCGGCCUCCCCGUACAACUCUAGAAUGAAAAAAAAAAAGAAAUGCAAUGCCGAUGUCAGAUCGACGACCAAGCGCAACUUUUACUAGCACUGCUUAUCAGUGGAGUUUGGGGCGAGCUGCUGUCUGUCACGUCCCCCUUCCCCCUCUGUUUUUUAUAUUCGUUCGUUUAACCUGCCUCUGGUUUAUAUUUUAGGAAUCAAGACGAUAUGCCUGAUGCUGUGUAGUAUAAAGCAAGAAACAUUAUAUACAGUAUAUAUAAAUAUAUAUAUUUAUGUGUAAAUAUAUUAUUUAUAUAUAUUUGUUUGCUUUUUACAGGUUUUCUUUGCCUUUUCUUUGGGCGACAACAAUAGUCAACAUUUUAGAGGCAGGGUGUGGGGCUUUUUCUUCUUCUUUUUUUUUUUAGCUUUAACUCUGAAGGAGAAAAUAAUCCAAAUGCAAAAACAUUGCUUGUCUCUUCGUCAAAAACCAAAUUCCUUUGCUAAAAAGAGUGAAAAAGACAGCGAAUCUGUCAAUGUAUUAAGUGUACAAAUUGUUUUGAUAGCUGCACAGUCAGAUAUUGGGUUCAUAUCCCCCUCCCAUGGUAUUCAUGUUUAUUUCUUUAUAAAAAAAAAAAAAAAGAAAAGAAAAAAAGCUGCUCUACAAACUGACAUACUAACAAAAAAAAAAGAGGCCGCCCAUCACCAGACAAUGACCAAUCGUAACCCUCUCUGUACCACACUUCCUGUCCUGCUAUCCAAUCACGUGAAAGCAGGGGCCAGCUUUUGGUGCUCUAAUGGUCCACUUUGUUACACAAAGUAUUUAUUUUUGUUUUAUUUAUUUGUCAUUUUAUACUUUUUUCCCAAAACGCCAUAAUUUGAAUCAAAAACUCUAAUGUCUAACUGAUCUGACCCGGUUUUUUUUUUUUUUUUUUUUUUUCUGCAAAAUGUGGUACAGGUGUUAUCUAUCUCAUAUAAUGUUACGGACGUGGGAUGGGGUGGGGGGAGAUGUUAAGCUAUGACAUUUUAAUGUUUACUUUUUUUUUUUUUUUUUUGUAUUUUAUUUUCUAAUUCAGACUCGCUGCAGCAAUAAGUGAGUGAGAUUUGAGUACCAAACGCCCCCUUGCCUGACUCUAUAAGAAGUGUUUUCAGUGUAUAUGUUGCUUUUUUCCAUGUCUCACACUUACUGUACAUUUUGUACAAAGAUUCAAAUUACAGCAGUAAACGAAGAGUGUAACACUGUCUGAGUGACACACACAUGCACACACUCUUUUCACAAGGCUAACUCUGUUUUUUGGCCCAAAUCAAACUAUAAAGGAUAAUGUAGUUGCUCUUA